AGAGGCUUGAAAAUGGCCGGGAAAUCCGGACGGACUAAGCGCUAUCCCGAUUUGCGCUACAAGUUUAUUCGGUCUCUUAUUUCUUUGGAACACUGGCAGCGUCAAAGGCAAUAUCUGAAGCAAGCUGCUGACUGGACGUCAAAGGCAAUUGUGUCGCUGGAUCUACAUGGAGAGUCAGUCAAGUCUAUAAAGCAAGCCUCACAACUUGAAGGGAUUGGGCGUCUUAUUGGGUCAAGGCUGAAAGACCAUGAGACUGCGGAGACAUACAGUCUAGAACCACCAGCUAUUGGAAAGUGUGCCAGUUCUGCAUCAGCGAUACUUGUGGCGAUUAUUAACAAGCAAGAUGAGAUGGUGGCCCAGGGUGCGAAUGCAGGUGACAAGCUGUGCAUUGAGGAAGAUGUUAUAAAGGACACAGCUGCGCAGAUGUGUGAAGAAACAUUCAUCGACACUUCCACAAAUAAUGCAUUUUGUCCUGCAUGGCAAAGAAUCACUGCCCUUGUUAGUAGAGGAUUUGUGAAGAAGCGCCAAAUGAACAGAAAGCCAGUUUAUCAGCUGUUGCCAUUAGGAGAGGACCUUGCAAAGAGGCUAAGGGAUAAGAUAAAUGCAACAGCACAGACUGACACUAAACCCCCCUCUACAGCACAAAGGAAAACUCCAGCUUCUAAACCAAAACCUAAGGAAUCUGUUAAUGCUAGUGCCACCAAACCAAAACGUGGACGGCCAAAGCCUGAUGAUAUUAAGGUCCCAACAGCCAGAGAGAGAGAUGAGGAGGCCCUGUACACCAACGACAAGGGAGAAGAUGGGAUUGUGCUGAUUGUGGACACCCAGGAAUGGGGUGGAGACAAUGUUGGACUCGGAGAGUUGAUACGUCUACUGCAGCAGCAAGGCAUAGUGUAUAAGACUAAGAGACUGAAAUGCGGGGACUACAACUGGAUCUGGAGAUGUGCAGGAGAGGAGAGAACGUUGCCAUUAGUGAUCGAGAGAAAAAGAGCAGAUGAUCUAGCUAAAAGUCUCAAAGAUGGAAGAUACCAUAAACAAAAGGAGAAUAUGAUUUCCUGGAAGAUGAAGUUCUUUGAGAAAGGCAUCAAUGCAUCCUUGAAAUAUGUGGUAGAGGGUGACCCCAAAGCUUAUGUAGUACGCUGUAGUGAUGGCUGUGGCUCUUUAAUCAAGUGUGGAUACCCUACAGUAGAGCAAGUUGAGAUGACGAUCCAUGAACUUGAGAAAGAUGAUGAUUUCCAAGUUUUACGAACUGCAAGCAUCAUUGGAACUGUUCAAGUCUUGACAGAUAUCACUGGUGAACUAAGCAGGAGACUUAAUAUGGGUCACUUUGACUGUCUCAUACAGUAUGAUGAUAUCCCAUCUACAGUUGAUGUCCCUUUAAAGCCAGCUGCAAACACCUUAGACAGUAAAGUUGAGAAGCACUUAACAACAAAGAUGCAGGGUAAACAGGAAAUGGUGGACCUAACAGAGGAUUCCCAAGAAAAUUAUAAGAUCUCCAAGCCUGAGGGGACUGUCAUUGUAAAAGACAUUCAUAAGAAUGUGGAUGCUGAAAGAACAGUUAAUAUUCAAAAUAAUUCAGGACUACCACAUCUACCACAUAAUAAAGGUUAUCAUCCCCAGACUAAUUCUGGUUUUACCCAUAAUGCAACUAUAACAGCAGACGACACACAUUAUCAUGCCCCCAUUGCUCAGGCACAUUCAUCAUUUGGUACAUCUAUUGUUCACCCUGACCCUUUUAAGGUCACUUAUCCAUGCUCUCCUGCCAAAAAGUCCACCCUGACCCAUAUAAAUGCCACACAUACUCCACCAAAGAAAUGUCAAAAUGUCAGAAAUAACAAAAUGGCAACCUUCAAUGAACGAGUGUUUGACUAUGGUGCUGAGAAAGAGGAUUCUUUAGCAACUGAUGAUAGCCAAGAUUUGGUGCUAUUUGAUAGAGAUAUACAUACCCCUAUUGCAAGUAAGGGUAAGGCUAAAGAGCUACAUUAUGCAAAGUCAAAUUCGGAGAUUAAAAACACUGAGAUAAUUCCUGAUGAAUCAGACACAAGUCAAGAAAUUCAAACUUAUGAUAUGCCGAAAAGAAAACCAAUCGAAAGUUCUAAAAUCAAGGACAGGGAAAUUGGAGAUGACUUUCCCUUGAUUCUAGAUGAUGUUGAAGAUGCAAAUGCUUUGGAGGAUCCUACCAGAACCUCACAAAUUAAGAAUAAGAUAAACCAGAAAACCAAAUUGAAUGUUCCAGAAAAUAAGAGAAUUUCAUCUAGUAAUAUUACUGAAAACAAUGUGCAAUAUACAUCCAACCUUGAUUUAGAAUAUUUGAACCCCCAACCAUCAACCUCCACAAUGCAACCCUAUGAAUUACAACAUGUGAACCCCAAAGCUGACAUAUACCAUAAGUCCACCUUGAUCUCAACAUCACAGAAAAGGAAACGCCCAAGUGUGAUGCUUCAUAACUUUGACAGUGAAAGUGAUGAUGAUAAUCAUGCAACUUUUAAUUUAGAAGUUCCUAAAGCUCUUGUGGAUGAUGACUGCCCUAGUCCUAAAAAACGGCAGCGUAAAACAAAGUCACGUCUGAAAUCGAAGUCAGCAUCGGUACAUGACAGGCCUGAUAUUGAUAUGGAAGUCAGCCAAGCAAACCCAAUGCACUCUUCAUCAACAUUUCACAUUAGGUCCAAGUCACCUAAAGAACAGGACAUUUUACCAAAGAGAUUUUCACCAUUGUUGGAUAGCCCCUCUAGCACAGAAUCCCCAUCUCCCCCACCUCCCAUGCCACUUCCAUCCAAACAAAGGGGUAAGGUUUAUCAAAUGUGCAGUCCAAAAAAGCUUUUUAAAAGCCCCACUAAAGAAUUUGGUAACUUGUGCAAAGCCAGUGUACACCUUGAAUGUAAAUUUCAUGAAACAGAGAACAAACAAACAAAAUGUCCACCACCGACUUCUCGUUCUGCAGUUUUUCCCCAAGAUUCAGAAAAUGAUGAAGAAUUUGAUAUUUUGAAUGAAGCCAGUGAACAUCUCAAGCAGAAGCUAUAUGAAAUGAAAAAUAAACAAACCAAACAUCUACCACUGACUACCACCCUAAGUACAGACAAAGAUGAAGAAUUUAAACAUUUGAAUAAAGCAAGCAUACAUCUCAAACAGAAAUUGGCUGAAUCUAUAGACACAGUGAAAAAUAAACAUUAUUUUACCAAUAAUGCAACAGCACAAGCAGCAGACGUCAAAGAAACUGAUGAAGCUAGAGUUCAGGUGAAUAAGCUACAUGUAGAUCUGAGAUCUUCAGACAAUGAUGAAAAUUGUAUUGUGCUUGAUGAUUCACAGAGCCAAGAUGACCAAAAAAGUCAAGAUUACCCAAUGAGUCUAGAUAACCCUUCUAAAAGCUCUUCUGACAGACAACUACUAUUGGAACACAGCCAAACACCUGACAAUGGAAAUCUUCCAUAUAAAGAGGACAUUUUGAAAGACUCUUUGAAAGAUCCUAUCCCUAAUGAUCACUCAUCUGAGAAAGAGGAUCAAACUCCUAUGUUCAGUGACUUAAGUCAGAGCCAAAAUGAUUUUUAUGUUGAAAUGCCUUCAAUGGACAUGUGUGAUUCUCAGAGCUAUACCCCAAAUAGGGACUGCUCUGAGCAGAAUGAAACAUCUCUCAUAUUGAAAUCAAAGAAUAACGACCACUCUACCACUAAGGAUACCUCUGCAGGCGUAAUUGAUGAGGUUGUUGAUAACUCCCAAAGUGAACCCAGCUUUGAAGAACCAUAUAAAAAUCUUCAACUUGUUAAAUUCCCACAGAGCAAAGCCAAAGAUCUCCGGAAACAUCCUCUUCAUGAAAGCGAAACUGAAGACAGCUUUGAAGAAAGCCAAGUAUUUGGUUCUGUUAAACCAUUCAUGGCAACACAUGAAAACACUUUUGAAGAUGAGAAGCUAGAUUUGAAUGAUAAUCACACCGAUAUGUGUGACAACAUUGACAAACAUCUAGAUGAUACAAUGAGUGACCUCCAUAAUGACCCAGAUUGUUGUGCAAUACAGGAAGAUUCUGAGGCUUCCCAGAGUUUAUUAAGUUCACCUAGUCUAAAAUCUAUAAGUGUCCCAUCAAAAACAGAGGUAAAAACUGUUAAGAAGAUGACUCCACUAACUAAUUCGAAGCAGUCAACAGUGAAAUCACCUGAUCUUAAUCAAUCAACCCAAGUGCCAAACAAGAUUGAACAAUCAACUGAAUCAUCAUUGCAAAUUAAGCAAGCAACUGAAUUGUCAUUGGAGAUUAAACAAUCAACUGAUAAGCAAUCCAAAACUAGUAAAUCAACAGAAGCAACAACUAAAACUAAGCAAUCAAUUGAGCAGCUGUCCGAAACUAAGCAAUCAACAGAAACUUGCCAAUCAAUAGUGUUCACCCUGAAUGAUUCUCAGGAAUCUCUCCCUGAUAUAAACUCUCAAAGUAUUGACGACUCUGAAUCUUUUGAGCUUGAUAAACCCAAUACAAUACCUGGUGACGAUCACAAGAGUGAUGGGGUCAUUGAAAAUACCCUUGUGCAAUCAAGUACAAAGCUAGAACACAACAUAGUGCAAACUAGUGCCCAAGUAGGACAUCACAGAAAUCGUGAUAAUCUGGAUUUACGUGCUAGAAGUUCCCCGCAUGAAUAUACAUCUUUGAAAUCAAAAACAGAGAAUUUAGACAGAACCUUUCUGGAAUCUGAAAAUAAGAGACUAACUCCAGAGGGAGAGAAUACAAGAAUUGGUAGGAUCAAACAGAGAAAAAGAAAUAUUUCAAUGCAGCAGAAAAACAAUGUUGAAAUUAUAAAAUCUGUAUUACCACACAUAACAGAACAAAAAAUUAUCCGAAAAUUAGAACUUCAUAAAAAUAAUGUAGAACAAGUAAUAACGCUUCUUUUAGACGAUUCUCAAAAUCUGGAUACACAAUCUCAAAAUCUGGAUACUCUGUCACAAAACUUGGAUAUGGAGUCUCAAAAUUUGGAUCUGCAAUCUCAGCAGGAAGAAUGUAUUGACCUCACUGAUUCAGUCCCAGUCUGA